AUUUAAAUGAUAAAACACUGUUUUUCAAAGUUAAGAAGCCCAGUGUUUCCAUACAAAUUUUACACUCGACCUGUUAACAUUCCACUGAGAAAAAUUUCAAAUUCUCGACAACACUGCUCCCAUCAGUUAACUGCUGGGGACCAGGAAAUUAUCCGGUUGCACGCUGAAGCUGAAAAGUCAGGAAACAUCUUCUAUACUGACCCACAGACUGGAUACUUGGUUCGUACAAAGGCGAACCAUAUUCAAAGGGGGAAGUGUUGUGGGUCUGCCUGCAGACAUUGUCCAUACGAUCAAGUAAGGGUGAAAGACGAAUCCAAUAAAAAGCAAUUUAAUGGACAUUUCUACAAAUAGUUGGUGAAAUAACAAUGAAUGAUCACGUGCGACACCGAGUGGUGGUUUUGUACGGCAGUCAAACUGGCACAGCAGAAGAAGUAACAUCAAGACUUUUGAUGCAAAGCAGAGGUUCUGUCUUCAAAUGUGUAGCUUCCGCUAUGGAUGAUUACCCAAUACAAGACUUGGUGAAUGAAGAUCUUGUUUUGUUUGUUUGUUCCACUACUGGACAAGGGGAACCCCCAGAUAACAUGAAGUUGUUUUGGAAGUUUAUAAUGAGAAAGAAUCUCCCCAACACUUGCUUGUCUGGUAUAAGGUUUGGUGUUCUUGGUUUAGGGGAUUCUUCAUAUGCAAAAUAUAAUUUUGUGGCGAAGAAAUUAUUUCGAAGAAUUCAAAAUCUUGGUGGGAAAAGCUUGCUUACUAUUGGUUUAGCCGAUGACCAGCAUGAAUGGGGGUGUGAUGUGGCGAUUGAUGAUUGGUCGAGAAAUAUGUGGCAGAUUUUAAAUUCAAUUCACCCAACAAAGGAUGGGUUUUUGAACCCGAUUGAAAGUUCCCUUCCUCCACCAAGGUUCCGUGUAACUAUGGAUGAUACAAAUAUGGAAGGAGAAGAUAUUGUUAAAAGCAUGGUGGAAAUUGGUCACAAUGUAAGCCCAUCUAAAAAGCAACCCUACUAUGCUAGUGUUAUCAGUAAUAAAAGAGUGACAGCUGCAGAUCAUUUUCAGGAAACCCGUUUGAUAUCAUUAAACGUAUCACCGGUUGUUGAUCAUAUGAAAUAUGAUCCUGGUGAUGUCAUCAUGAUACAACCAAGCAAUCUUUCACAGGAUGUCAAUGCUUUAUUAGACAUUCUUCCGUUUAAACCGGAUUCACUUCUUACUUUCCAUUCAUUGGAUGAUGAAAUAGACGCAUCUACCAAUAUUCCUAAUAAGGGAACAACUUUACGAGAAAUCGUAACCAAAUAUUUAGACUUCAUGUCUGUGCCGAGACGAAGUUUUUUUCAACUUCUCUCCCAUAUAUCAUGCGAUGAAAUGGAGAAAGAAAAACUUACGGAACUUGGAUCACCAGAGGGCACUGAUGAGCGGUACUCGUAUGCAAAUCGACCUCGCCGCACUAUCCUUGAAGUUUUACAAGAUUUUCACCUGACAGCUGCCCUUAUUCCACUGGAAAGGAUUUUUGAUAUUUUCCCAAUUAUUCGUCCGCGUGCGUUUUCUAUUGCGUCAUCGCCUACACGUCAUCAGGGAGAAAUUCACGUUCUUGUCGCCGUUGUAAAAUACAAGACUAGACUCCAAGCUCCACGAAAGGGUUUAUGUUCAAGCUGGCUUGCGUCGCUCAAUACUGGUGAUCUUGUCCCGAUCUGGUUAAAACGGGGCGGGAUACGUUUUCCUUCCAAACAACAUUGUAUACUCAUUGGUCCAGGCACGGGCAUCGCACCUUUCCGCAGUGCGGCGCACGAAAGGACGUCAAAUGGAGACUCCGGAUGCACCGUCUUCUUCGGUUGCCGGAACUUCUCAUCCGACUUUUACUUCCGAGAUGAAUGGAAAGAUCUCAAUGUUGAUCUUCAUGUAGCUUGCUCCAGGGAUCAGGAAGAGAAGAUCUACGUCCAGGAUCAUAUAAAAGAAGAAGGGGAAAAACUCUUCCGUCUUAUUUGGGAGGAUGAUGCAUCCGUGUUCGUGGCCGGGAACUCGAAAAACAUGCCUGAUGACGUCAAAUCAACUUUUCUUCAAAUUUUCCAAACCUAUGGCAAGAUGACGUCACAGGAAGCGGAAGAUUAUUACGUCACAAUGCAAAGCAAAAAGAGAUAUCAACAGGAGACGUGGUCGUGACGCGAAUCCACGAAUUCGCUUGUUUUCUUUGUAUUUUAGUCGCAUUGCUCAAAUAAAAGCGUUAGCGUGGAAAAUAACAUUA